UCGCAGCUCUUGUGUUUCCGACUGAAGGAGCUUAAAGACGUGUUGGGUCAUCUAGGUCUCUCAAAAUCCGGCAAAAAGCAGGUGCUAGUGGGUCGAAUCGAAGCGCUCUUAUCAUCACCAUCUGUCCCCUUCAACGGCCGCGUGCCCACCAUCACUCCCACGCAAGUAGCCGAGUUCAUUCAGGACACAUACAGGUCGCUGCGAAGCACUGGGCAGCAGGUGGACACACCAGUCGCCUCCCCAGUGCAGCCACAGAGGAGACGCGAGGAGAGGGCGGAUAGGGUUGAGGGGGAGGGCGUGGAGAGGGGGGACGGAGGAGCAGAAGCAGCUGUGAGGGCAGACACAGUGCGAGGGUUAGGGCUGUGGCGUGUGGCAGCAUGUGAAAUCCGCCAUUCUGCCAGAGAACCUGCUUCUCACGCUCAUCAUGCCCCUUCCUUAACCCCUCUUGCUUCCCAUUCCCUCAUGCCCAUUCCCCCCGUCUUCCUCACCCAGUGCGAGGGCCAUGGCUGUGGCGUGUGGCAGCAUGUGAAAUGCGUGAUUUUGCCAGAGAAACCCCCUACACCUUCUUACUGCCAAUGCAUUCUUGCUUUCGCUCAUCCAUCGACCCCCUGCCGUUUCCAGUGCGAGGGCCAUGGCUGUGGUGUGUGGCAGCAUGUGAAAUGCGUCAUUCUGCCAGAAAACCCGCCUCUCACAGGGGAUUCCUCAGCAGCGCCCCAGCCUGAUCCGCCCCUCCCGGAACACCACUACUGCGAGCUCUGCCGCAUGGCCCGAGGAGAUCCAUUUUCUGUCCCUGUGGCUAAUCCAAUGCCACCAACUGCACUCAUUCGCCUGCCCGGGGACAACAACCAGGUGCUGCAGCGACUGGAGCACAACUUCACGCUCACCCCACACGACCUCUCUCUCCUCAGACGCCCACACCACUACCUGCAGGUGAGAAGGCCGCACAGAUGCCCGCACCACUACCUGCAGUGUAUGGGUCACCAACAGGUCGCAGUGUACGAGUCACCAACCGGCCUGGGCAGCAGCUGCUGGGAGCAAACGGCCGCGAUGACGGACCCUCAGUAUGCCCUCACUCGCUGCUGCCUUGCCUUGCCUGACGUUCCAAAAAUGCCUAACUGCUCUGCCUUCCUUGCCUGCUCAUGCUGCUUCUGUUCCACACAUGUUAGGUCUGGUGCCCUUAUCCUAUCCGCUCUUUUACCCCUUCUCUCCCCUGCCCUUUCUCCUCCCCAAAUAGCGGAGGCAUGCCAUGCGGGGGACAACCAUGUGGCCAUGGCUGCCGUUGAUAAGGGCCCCUUGCUUCCAGCUUUAACCUUUCCUUCCCCUGCCCUUUCUUUCCCCCCCUGCUUCCCUCCCCCUACCCCCACGCCCUUCCAGAUAGCGGAGGCAUGCCAUGCGGGGGACAACCACGUCGCCAUGGCUGCAAUUGAUAAGCGCCCCUUCUGCAUCGGUGUGCGCAUCAUCCGCAAACGAUCGUUUGACGAGGUGCGUGGGGUGAAAUGCGGUGGUGAUGGCCAUUCCUCCUGUGGACGUGGGGGAGUUACUCGAGUCCCUUCUCGCUCGAAUCAGUUAUCUGCUUCAGCACGUCUGAAGCAGUGCCUCACCUUUUCCCCUUCACCCUCCUCACCCCCAUACCACCAGGUGAUGGCCAUGAUUCGUCCUCUGGACGUGGGGAGUCACUCCAAUCCGCCCUCGCUCAAGUGGAGCGCCCUGCUUCAACACAUCCAAGCAACAUCUCCUGCACCCUCUCCCCCUCACCCCCCGUGCCAGGUGAUGGCCAUGAUUCCGCCUCUGGACGUGGGGGAGUCACUUGAAUCCGCCCUCGCUCGAGUGAAGCGCUGUGUGGGAGGAGGAGGGGGUGGGGGUAGUGGGAAAGGAGGGGCAGGCGGUGCAGGCGGUGGUGGGGGGGGUGGGGUGUGCCCCGUGUGCAUGAAGCUCUACGCGCUCGACUCGCUCAUCAUCGAUCCCUUCUUCCACCGAGUCUGUGAGGAGGUGUGUUCCCUUUAA